AUGACGAACGAAGAAGGAUACAACAAACUCAUUGAAAUGGGAAUGGUCGGUGAAAAGAUGGGCUGUUUUAAGCUAGAUAAGGUAUUUUCCGAAGUUCAUGUCCUCUCCAAGCGUAAGUACUGGGGCAUACUUGAAGACGGCACAGAAAUAAAACAUUGCAUGAAAUAA